AUGCUUUUAGCAGGCCUUGAGGUUCAAACUAGUAAUAUGACCAUUGGUGAUUUUGUUUUAGUCAAUACUUACAUAAUUCAAUUAUCUAUACUACUGAAUAUGUUAGGUUUUGCUUACCGUGAGAUCAAAAGUGCUAUAAUUAAUAUGGAAGACAUGUUUAAUUUAUUAAAUAUUCCAUCUGACAUAGCUGAAAAUCCUGACAGCGAAACUCUAGAAAUCUCUAAAGCAAAAGUUGUUUUUGAUAAUGUUAAUUUUUCAUAUAAUCCCAAUAGACAAAUUUUAAAAGGGCUUAACUUUACUCUUGAAAGUGGUAACACUUUAGCUAUUGUAGGACAUAGUGGAUCAGGAAAAUCCACGAUCUCUAGACUUAUAUUCAGAUUUUAUGAUGUUACCAGCGGUAAAAUUACCAUUGAUGGACAAGAUAUAAGAGAUGUUACUCAAAAUUCCUUACGCCAAGCGAUAGGCAUUGUACCGCAAGAUACAGUAUUAUUUAAUGAUACAAUUUACUAUAAUAUAGCUUAUGGUAAUAUCAAUGCUACGCAAGAAGAAGUGAUAAAUGCUUCAAAAAAAGCUCAUAUACACGAAUUUAUUACUUCUCUCCCCGAAGGGUAUAACACUACCGUAGGAGAAAGAGGCCUUAAGCUUUCAGGGGGAGAGAAACAGCGAAUUGCUAUAGCUCGCACCAUAUUAAAAAAUCCUUAUAUCUAUAUUUUUGAUGAAGCGACUUCUUCUCUGGAUACUAAUACUGAGAAAUCUAUUCAAGAUAGUUUAAAAGAAUUAUCGUCUAAUCACACCACACUUAUCAUAGCUCAUCGUUUGUCUACUAUUAUUGAUGCUAAUGAAAUUAUAGUAAUAGAGAAUGGCUGUAUUAUUGAGCGUGGUUCCCAUUUAGAGCUUUUAGCAUUAAACGGACAUUAUGCAGGUUUAUGGUAUAAACAACAGAGCGAGAGCUUAUAG